AUGUCGAAUUUCUCAGACCAGCUCGAUGAAAUCAAAUACCUUAUUUCUUCAGCUUCAGGAACCAAAGCAAAUAAGUCAUUCGCUUACUCUACCCUCUUACACCUCCAGCAACAGUCAUCUGACAGCCAUGCUUUAAUUCAAACACUCGCGCGAACCUCUCAGAGCCUAAUCCAUCCAAUCAUUGCCGAUAUUCAAGACGAUGACGAAGAAAUUGUGACUCAGGCAUUGAAAUGUUUGGGCUUUAUGAUAUAUCAUCCAUCCAUUGUUGCCGAAAUUGCAGUGGAUGAUGUCAAAUUGGUUUUAGAGUCAUUGGCAAAACUCAUCACAACCACGAAAAUGAAGGCGGUUUGCAAUUUAGGAGUAUGGUGCAUAUCUGUCCAACAGUUAUCUGCACCACUUUUAGCCGCCCAUUUCCAUUCUCUUUUGCUUGCAGUAGUUCAUGCAAUUGACAAUCCCAUUGGUUCUUUGUCGACGACUUUUGAGGCUAUGCAGGCUGUUAUGAAGCUAGCAUCUUUGCUAAGUGAGAGUAUGAGAGAAUUGUCGCAUAUAUGGGCUCCUCCAAUAUAUAGAAGACUUCUUAGUUUAGAUAAGAGGGAGAGGGAUAUGUCGGAAAGGUGUCUGUUGAAGAUUAAGUCUACAAUAUUACCUCCUCCACUAAAUCUUUCCAAGGCACUUUUCAAAGAUUUGAAGCCAAAAUUGCUUACUGGGAUGCACAACAUGCUGAACAAUGGCAUGAAGGUUCAUACUAUUCAAGCCUGGGGAUGGUUUAUCCGUUUACUGGGACCUCAUGCCUUGAAGAACAGGCAGUUAAUUAAUGAAAUGCUGAAAAUUCCUCAGCAUACAUUUUCAGAUCAUGACUCACAAGUUCAAAUUGCUUCGCAGGUUGCCUGGGAAGGUCUUAUUGAUGCUCUUGUUCACCCUCCAAUGGUAUUACCCUGUGAGACAAAUGAUGUAAAAGUGGACAAUGGUGUAAAAGUGGACAAUGGUGUGCAACAAAUAGGAACAUACAGAGGAAACUAUGGUGAAAUCCAAAAAAACGGAUCCUUAAAAAGCAUAAAGCUCAUUAUGACACCACUAAUAGGCAUCAUGUCGACUAAUUGUGAUGUAUCUGUUCAAUUGGCUUGCUUGAACACAUGGUGUUAUUUAUUACAUAAACUUGAUACCUCUGUCAAUGAUUCUUCAAUGAUCAGACUGGUUGUACAGCCUAUCUUUGAAGCAGUUUUUCAAAUGGAUCCUGAUGGUAAGAACAUCUGGACAAGGAAUCUGUGUGUAGAUUUGCUUGAUGAUUUUAUAUUGGCGAAAUGUAAAGAUAUAGAUUAUGACUCGCUUAACCAGGUAAGCCAUCAGUUAUCAGCCAAAAGCUAUGCGAAUGCUCCCCUUAUGUCUGGCAAUUGCUCGUGGAAGCAGUAUCCCAUCAAAUGGUUGCCAUGGGAUCUGAGUCUGUUGGACUUUCAUUUAAAGGUGAUCUACGUUCUUAUCUGUCAAAUGCCAGGGGAAACUGUCUCCCAUGAUAAAAGAAUUCCAGCUGCUGAUGCUUCCUUAAAGUUAUUUAGGUCUGUGUUGAAAGGAAUUCAAUUGGAGUUCAAAAGGUCGUCUAUUAGUUAUAAUGAUAUUAUGUUGUGUUUGAAUGCAAUACUGAAGUUCAUAAAAAAUGUAUGUGAAGAAGUAAGUUCGAAUAGUAGUGACAGAAGUGACUUGCAUCAUAUAUGCCUCAAGUUGGUGGAGGCUGUAGGUGAGGAGAUAGAACCUACUAUAGUGGGAUCCCCUCUUUACAAGGUGCCAUUAGACAUCAAGCAUAUUGAAUACCUGCAAGUGGUUGCUGACAUUGGAUUUGCAAAAUUGGAUUGUACUUUACUUCUGUGUGGUGGUUCAGUCAACUUCGCGUGUACUCAAAACAGACUUCAUUCUGCAUAG